CGGCCUGAGCAGCGGCGGCGGAGCUGUCGAUGGCCGCUUCUGGUGCCUAAAAGCCGUGGCGACAGAGUCCGCCGAACCCGUCUCGCGAGCCGGCGAGUGGCGAACCUAUUUGAAUAGCUGCCAUGUUUAGGUAUUAGCAAGCACAUGUGUACAUGUUGGCAUUUGAAAAUGGCAGAAGGAAACAGCAAUGAAGAAGUGAUUCAUUUGAACAACUUUCACUGCCACCAGGGACAAGACUGGAUCAAUCUCAGAGACGGACCUAUCACUAUAUCAGACUCCUCUGAUGAGGAAGGGGUUCCAAUGCUGGUCACCCCAGCUACUCAGCAACACGAUGAAGACCUAGAUGAUGAUGUGAUCUUGACAGAAACAAAUAAACCUCAGACAUCACGACCCAAUCUCAUCAAACCAGCUGCUCAGUGGCAAGAUCUCAAAAGAUUGAGUGAAGAAAGGCCUAAAAAGUCUAGAGCAGCAUUUGAAUCAGAUAAGAACCGCUAUUUUUCAGUGUGUAACAGCUCAUUGUUUAAUUCUGGGACACAGGAUGAUUCUGAGGAUGACUACGGUGCUUUUCUGGAUCUUGGACCUCCUGGAGUUUCUGAAUUCAUUAAGCCAAGUGGCCAAACAGAAAGAGAACCCAAGCCUGGACCGAGUCAUAAUCAGGCAGCUAGUGACAAUGUCAACCCCAGACCAGAGCAGAAAAUCAUAAUCUUGGAAGAAAGUAGUCUUCUUUUCCCAGAUGGUGAUCCUUUGGAAACUCAGAACCAGUCAUCAGAAGACUCAGAGACAGAGCUUUUAUCAAAUCUUGGAGAAUCAACUGCUAUCAUAGAUGAUCAGGCUAUAGAAGAAGACUGCUGGUUAGACCAUCCUUACUUCCAGUCUCUAAACCAACAGCCCCGGGAGAUAACAAACCAGGUUGUUCCUCAGGAGCGGCAGUCUGAAGCAGACCUAGGUCCACUGUUGUAUCAACAUGAACUUCCAGGGCCAGCUUUUCCAAGACCUGCUUUUCCAAGACCAGAACCCCAGCAGGAUGGGAUUCCAGGCCCCUCUUCUCCUCAGCCUGCCCAUCCUCUAGAAGAGCUUGAAGACCAACAACUAGCAAUAGAUGAUGAAGAGCCAGGUCCAGCCUUCCCAAUGCCAGGAUCUCAGGAGGCCAAUUUGGAAAACCUUUGGGGACAUGGAGCUACUGAAGUAGACCAAGAACUUGUUGCACUAUUAGUGAAAGAAACGGAAGCAAGAUUUCCAGAUGUAGCAAAUGGAUAUAUAGAGGAAAUAAUUCAUCUGAAGAACUAUUAUGACUUAAAUGUACUUUGUAAUUUUCUUCUGGAAAAUCCAGAUUAUCCAAAGAGAGAAGAUAGAGUCAUCAUCAACCCCAGUAGCAGUCUGCUUGCCAGCCAAGAUGAGACAAAGUUGCCUAAAAUAGACUUUUUUGACUAUUCUAAAUUGGCUCCUCUUGACCAGCGCUGCUUCAUCCAAGCUGCUGACCUCCUGAUGGCCGACUUCAAAAUGCUCAGCAGUCAGGACAUCAAGUGGGCCCUGCAUGAGCUCAAGGGACACUAUGCAAUCACCCGAAAGGCCUUUUCUGAUGCCAUUAAAAAAUGGCAGGAACUAUCACCAGAAACCAGUGGAAAAAGAAAAAAGAGAAAAGAAAUGAAUCAGUAUUCUUACAUAGAUUUCAAAUUUGAACAAGGUGACAUAAAAAUAGAAAAAAGAAUGUUUUUUCUGGAAAAUAAACGGCGACAUUGUAGGUCCUAUGACCGGCGUGCCCUCCUACCAGCUGUGCAGCAGGAACAGGAGUUCUAUGAACAGAAAGUCAAAGAGAUGGCAGAGCAUGAGGACUUUCUGCUUGCCCUGCAGAUGAAUGAGGAACAAUAUCAAAAGGAUGGCCAGCUUAUUGAAUGCCGCUGCUGCUAUGGGGAAUUUCCAUUUGAGGAGCUUACACAGUGUGCAGAUGCUCACUUGUUCUGCAAAGAGUGUCUCAUCAGAUACGCCCAAGAAGCAGUGUUUGGAUCUGGAAAGUCAGAGCUCAGCUGCAUGGAAGGCAGCUGCACAUGUUCAUUUCCAACUAGUGAACUGGAAAAGGUGCUUCCCCAGACCAUCUUGUAUAAGUACUAUGAGCGAAAAGCUGAAGAAGAAGUUGCCGCAGCCUACGCUGACGAGCUUGUGAGGUGCCCUUCCUGUAGCUUUCCUGCUCUGUUGGACAGUGAUGUAAAGAGGUUCAGUUGUCCUAAUCCUCGCUGCCGAAAGGAAACCUGUAGGAAGUGUCAGGGACUCUGGAAAGAGCACAAUGGCCUCACCUGUGAGGAACUGGCUGAAAAAGAUGACAUCAAGUACCGAACAUCUAUUGAGGAAAAAAUGACUGCUGCCCGUAUUAGGAAGUGCCACAAGUGUGGGACUGGCCUCAUCAAAUCUGAAGGCUGCAAUCGAAUGUCCUGCCGCUGUGGUGCCCAAAUGUGCUACCUCUGCCGAGUGUCUAUCAAUGGAUAUGACCAUUUCUGCCAGCACCCUCGCUCUCCAGGAGCCCCAUGCCAAGAAUGCUCAAGAUGCUCUCUUUGGACCGACCCCACUGAAGAUGAUGAGAAGCUAAUUGAGGAAAUCCAGAAAGAGGCUGAAGAGGAACAGAAAAGAAAGAAUGGAGAGAACACCUUCAAGCGCAUCGGGCCUCCCUUGGAGAAACCUCCAGAGAAAGUCCAGCGGGUCGAGGCCCUGCCGAGGCCUGUCCCACAGAACCUGCACCCGCCGCGCAUGCCGCCCUAUGCCUUUGUGCACCCACCCUUCCCCCUGCCGCCCGUUCGACCCAUGUUCAACAACUUCCCCCUCAACAUGGGCCCUAUCCCAGCACCCUACGUGCCCCCUCUCCCUAAUGUACGCGUCAACUAUGAUUUUGCCCCCGUCCAUGUGCCCCUGGAGCACAACCUGCCCAUGCACUUUGGCCCCCAGCCCAGGCAUCGCUUCUGACUGUCAGGAGCCUGUGGGCCUCUGAGUCCCACUAAGCAGCCUGAGCCUUUGCGGGUCGGUCUUGGCAAAACCUCCCUUCACCUCCAGGCUGAUGACUGCCCAGCCUUCUAAGUAGGAAUGACAGACUCAGCCCAAAAGGAUAGGUUGGUCUUCUGCUUCUUCCCGUGAAGGGCCACUGCCCCUUUAAGAGUGGCCAACAGACCAACCCCCUCUGAGUGCCCAUUGCAGGACUGGCCUGGUGCUCACCAGGCCAGAGAUAAGGGACUGCAGAAGUCCUCUUCCUAAAGAGUCCGGCCAUCCUGGCACCCUUGCUGCAGUCCUGGACACAGAAAGACGAAGGGAAAAGUUUGUCGCCCACCUCGCCCCCCAGCAGACACCAGAACUCUCUCAGCAACAAACCACGUAGGCCUUCCUUAAUCGCAGCACAGCCUGGCCCGUAACAACCCUGAAGUAGCCACUAGUGCAGUGUGGAGAGAGCUGAGAGGUCUGAACCAUGUUGUGCAGCGGGCUCUUCGGUCACCCCUUGGCACUGAGGCCCACCUACAGUGAGUUUUGCCCUCUGCUCUGAGCCAGGCCAGCACCUGCAUGAGGGUUCAGGGCCUUUUGUCUUUCAUGCCUUCUCUGGGCGCUGGCCCCUCAGAGACUCUCAGUUGGUCCAAAGAGGUGGUGGAACAGUGUCCACAGGCCAGGGAUGCUCCCCCAAGUCCAGAACCUCAGGCAGCCACUGUAGUGAGGGGCCUUCUCCUCUCCCUCUUGAGCCACUCAGACGAGCCCACAGAGCCACCUCUUGCUAUCGGCUGUUUUGUAGCUUAAAGAAAUGUUUGCUGUUUACUUAACUUUGAAUUUAUCUAGCUUUCCACAGCCUACUCGGGUUUUUCUCCCUCAGGCUAAGAAGUCUGUUCACCUAGACCAGUCAGCUCAUGAGUGCAGGAUGGUUCUGAAACUUUGGCCAGACAGACAGUCCUUUAGAGUAGCUGUGACAGUGGCCUGGCGGCUCUGCCACCAGUCAGGUAUUAAAGCUCCCUUCAGCUCUUGGGUGGCAGUACAUUUUCCCGGGGACACAGAAACCUUGAAUGCCGCUUCCCUGGUGGUAUGCUCAGCACUACCUUAACAGCGCCCCCGCCACCCCCGUGUUUCUGAAUGCCGUUUGAGGGUUCAGUGUGGGAGUCUGAAGGCAAGCAUCUGAGUGGAUGAAAAGGCCUCUCCUUUAUCCCACCCUCGUAUUCUGUCUCAGUGACAAAGGCAGGUGGAGGAGGGACUGCAGUGUGGGGGCAGCUGCCCUUUCCUGUGCUCAGGUCAUUCUGGGUCUGCGCGUGUCGCUGCCUUUUCCAGCCCUGACGGGUGUUUGAGCCACACUGGAGGUGUCUCCAUGCCCCAGUCUUCACUCUGCGGUACCUUGCGCUCCUGCCUGUGUGCAGAGCUGGGCAAGGACCCCAUGGCCCCUUCUGUUGCCUCUGCUCCUGACAGUGUCUCUAGUGACCGGGUUCCCAGAGGUGGCCGGGCACCCUGACACUGUGCCCGCCCUCCUCCAACAGGCCUGCCUGCUGCUGUGGGGGCUGUCCCCCAACAAGCAUCCCCAUGUCUUGUCAUGCAUGUGUUCAGCGUCUCACACGUGUGAGCCCUGAAGUGGGGCGUCUGCUGAACUGCCCAUCCUGCCUUGAUUCAUGGUGUGUGCUGAGACCGGCAGUCAUUGGGCAGCCAGCCGCCAUGCCAGAACAUGCUUUGCCCAGCCUCUGCUGCCAGAUCUCCCCAUGUCAGUCAGGCUGCCAGCCUGCUUGGGGGGCUCAUGGAGCCCAGGUUGCUGCAACAGAGUUGCUUCCUCUAAUUUAACAGCGUUCUCUUGUGCAGCCCCAAGAGGGAGUCUCAUAGCAGUGAGCCGACAGCAGUUAUCCAUCAGCUGGAGGGCGACCCCAGCGCUGUCCACUUGUCCCAUCAGUGACAGCACUCACUGUCAGGCCUUAGCCUCCUGAGCUGAUCGAUCUCCUGAAGGAACCCAGCUCCAUCUCUGCCCUGCAGCCAGAGGGCGUCACUCCAUGGGGGCCUCACAGUAUAAGGGCAGACCCUGGCAGGACGGCCAUGCCACCAUCCACAGGGCACGAGGGAGGAAGUAGCCAGAAUGUUGCUCCUGCCCCCACCCCCCACCCAGGCCAAACCUCCAAGGCCUUGUGUUUAGAGUGUGAGUUCCCCACAGCCUCCAGGGGACCGCUCCCGCCUUUCCAAAGCAGGCAUCUGAACGUCCCUCCAGGCUGAGGCAGCUCACAAGUCUGCAUGGCCGCUGGGGAGAGUCUAGCCACAUGUGCAGGAUGACCCUCCCGGUGCCUCUACAUUCCAGGGGCAGGCCUGGGCCCGGUCCGGAGAUCCAGCCUUGUUAGUGAUGGGGCUUAAGGGGCUGAGAAGCCAGCAGGUGGCUGCAAAACAAAUGACUGGAGACCUAGAGCCCUCUGUGGCAGGCUCGGGAACCGAGGCAGCCAGGCCCCUGCUCCAGGCUGCAGGCUGGCUCCCAGAGCGACUGCCCAGUGACAGCCGCCUUCUACAUGCCUUAAAACUGGAGAGAGGAAUCUAGUAUUUGCACUUAGCAAAGGAUUUCAAGACUUAAAAGGAUGUGCAUGACCUGUCACUUUGUAUUAAAAUAGCAAAAUGAUUAGUUUAUCAAAUUUUUUUCUUCUGGUAGUAAAAACACGUAAAAUAAUUGUUUAAACUACUGUGUGUAAAAAGCUUGUAUUAUAUGUAACUUCGACUUUUGUAAA